UAGUGCGGUGGGCGGGACCCUCUUGGGCGUUUCUGCGGCUGCGCGGCGGGGAGUUGGAGGCGACUUUGGGAGGAAAGAGCCGGGAGGAAGCGAAAGGCCUCCGGGACAGAUUGUUUUUACUUGGACUUAGAAAAAAAUGAACAAAGAUGCACAAAUGAGAGCAGCUAUUAACCAAAAGCUAAUUGAAACAGGGGAACGAGAGCGCCUUAAAGAAUUACUGAGAGCCAAAUUAAUUGAAUGUGGUUGGAAAGACCAGUUGAAGGCACACUGUAAAGAGGUCAUCAAGGAGAAGGGAUUAGAACAUGUCACAGUUGAUGAUUUGGUGGCAGAAAUCACCCCAAAAGGCAGAGCCUUGGUGCCUGACAGUGUAAAGAAAGAGCUCCUACAAAGAAUAAGAACAUUCCUUGCUCAGCAUGCUAGCCUUUGAUUCUUCUGUUUGAGUCGUACCAUAUUCUGUUACGUGAAUUAUGCCAGAAACUGGGACAUCUAUUCCAUACUUUGGGGUUGAAGUUCACUUUUUUUUAAUGUUUGAUUACUGAAAGCAUACUUUAUUACAUUGAGUUCUUAAUCUUGGUAUUUUAAUAAAAAUAAUAAUAACCAGAAUUAACCUUUGGGAUGUAUUUUGGAAAGAAAUCACAUGUCUUGCCAUUAAAAGGAUGUUGUGCGUCUUAA